GAACGAACUACGGCUUUCUAAUGCGCCGGACGUGUCUUUUCCUGCGCACAAGUCUAAAUCGCCAUAAUCUUGAGUGAUGAUACCCAAGCAUCGUAUUGGUGUUUUCUCUGUAUUACUUUAGGCGCCACCAGAAACCUCCACAGCAAUCUAGAAAGACUCUUGAGGAGAUGUCCCGAUCUCUUGGGAUGUUUGCCCUGAGUGCCGGAAUGGUACAUAUAAAUGUGGGAGCCGACGAGACUCCAUUUGAUGUUCACGUGGAGUUGUUGUGUAGUUGCUCUCCAUACUUCGACUCAAUAUACGGCGAUCGUACUAAGAAGCCCAUCCCAAGCGACCCUGUCUGCUUUCCGGAUGAGGAUCCAGUUGUCUUUGCCGAGCUGUUAGCUUGGAUGUAUUAUGGUGACACUCCUAUCGACUUGCCUUCUCGUACUAGCAUUCACUUCUUGCUACAACUUUGGAUCCUUGCUGGAACCUUCGAGAUUGCCCGACUGCAGAAUCAGGUGAUACACCUCAGUAGAACUGAGAUUGCCAAAGUCCCUGGCCGAACUUUCAGUUGUGAUGAUAUCGAUUACGUCUACAACCAUACAUUGCCUCGGUCUCCGUUGCGUUUACUUCUGGUUGAUAAUUGGGCAGGGAAUGCAACCCAAGAGCACCUCACGAGUUGUCAGAAGAGUCUUCCAUAUCCAUUUCUCGAAGAGCUUUGCCGUGCUCUCAUUGAAAGGAAAGGAAUUGUAAAAAAUGCGGAAGGAGAAAUUCAUUCUGUUGAACGCUACAAUAUUCACCCUCCGCCACCGGAAGACCAGAACGGUAGACUGAUGCCUCGAGAACGUGUUUCAGAAUUUCCCCGGACUGCACCCCCAGAAAAAUUGAGAAACAGGAAGAUUGCACGCCCCUCUCCCCGUCUUAACAAAGCUUCUCUUACAUCGCCGUUACGCGCCAUGACACCCAACUCCGUUGAGGAGAAUGAUCCAAAGAGUGAGGUGUCCUCUCAAAUGAGUCAUUUGCAAAUCUGAUCUUCUAUUCCCACUCCAUUAGCUACUAAAUCUUCUCUCGCAACACUGAGCGAAGACGUUCCCCCUUACUUUGUUUCAUCUU